ACUACCCCCGCACCACAACUACUGUCAGUUUCUUCAUCUGUCUGAGUGUCAGACGUAAGUUGUAUGGUGAGAGGUGAUAGCCCUGGUGAGAAUGAUGCGAGGCUGGGCGCUGGUGGUGGUGUGUCUGGCGGUGGCGUCGGCGGCUGUGGAGGUGACGCCCCAGGAGGAGGUGACGCCACAGCAGGAGGUGACGCCGCAGGAGGAGGUGACGCCCCAGGAGGUAACGCCGCAGGAGGAGGCGACGCCGCAGGAGCUGUCGAAGCCUGAGGGGGCUGCCAUUGACACCGAUGCCAGACUCUCCCCAGAAAUCAGUGAUCGUGAACGCUUCUUCGGAGUGGCGUCGACCAGGACCUACACCAGUGUGGUGAUGGUGACGUCUACAGUGUUCUUCUCCUGCCUCUCCGGCACCUCCAAGGCGGUCUGUCAAGGGCGGCGCAAGAAGAAGAGCAUGCAAAGGUUCUUGGACUUAACCUCUGCUGACGAAGGGGAUGCUGAGCUGGACGGCAGCUUGGGCGAGGUAAAGGACAAACCAGAUGUGGAAGACACCGCGCCAAAGUCCCCAGAUUCACCCGUGUCUAAUGAUGCCAAGUUCAUCACCAUAUGGACCUCAUCACAAACCACCACCACCGUCACCAUGCUCUACACCAACACCAGCACCACCAUCCGCCUCUCCUACUUCUGCCAGGCGGGACAGGCCCAACUUCCCAUCUUCAGAUGCGCUGGCGGAGGUUAAUAUCAGCGUUGAUUACUUCAGCGUUGAUGUCAUCAGCGUUGGUUACUUCAGCGUUGAUGACGUCGUCAGCACGCCCAGGCCUUAGGCGGAGUCGACCUCCAUGAUAACUGUGACACUUGUUUUACUAUUUAUAUUGUACAUGAUAAUGUGAGUCCAAACAGUAUAAACUAUUAAGUUGA